AAAUUGACUGGCGGUUAUGACCUAAUCUUUCCGCCCACUGUUUCCCUAACUACAUUUCAUAAAGCUUUGUUCUGACCUCCACGCUGAAAAUAUCGUAUUCUGCUGUAAACGAAGGCAUCAUUCUUCAAACUAAGCUUUUGGGUCUAAACCCUGAAAAUGGCAGAGGUAGCUAUGGCAAAUGGAGAACCUGAGAGGAAAGUGAUGCUGGCCAUCGAUGAAAGCGAGUAUAGUCACUAUGCUCUCAUCUGGGUACUUGACAAUCUUAAAGAAUCUCUCACAAAAUCACCCCUUUUUAUCUUUAUGGCCCAGCCCCCUCCCAAAAACUACCCUUUUGCUGCUUCCCUCGGCUCUGCUCGCAUGUACUGCUCUGUUUCAGCUGCUCCGGAUUUUGUCAACUCUGUCAAAGAGAACAACAAGAAGCUCGCUUUGGCUUUCCUGGAGAAAGCUAAGGAAAUUUGUGCUAGUCGAGGGGUGAAUGCAGAGAUAAUCACAGAGGAAGGGGAUCCUAAAACAGCCAUAUGCAAUGUAGUUCAAAAGCUAAAUAUCAGUAUGCUUGUUUUAGGAGAACGUGGCCUUGGAAAAAUCAAAAGGGCUUUACUAGGAAGUGUGAGCAAUUAUUGUGUUCAAUAUGCCAAGUGCCCUGUUCUUGUUGUGAAGAAACCAUAAGUUGAGGAGAGUAUUAUGCUGUGCACAAACUUGGAAUUAGACUACACUUGUCCCUGCUUUUUCAAAUGUUGUUUGAUAUGAUUCUGAUGUAAAUUACCUAUGCUGAUUAAGGAGGAGAAUUUAAUGUCACAAA